AGUAGAAUGGCGGAACUCGGAGCAGGAAUUCCGCAUGCGCGCUAAUAUCGUGAAUAGCAGACGGGGCAGCGGAACUGAUGUCCAUCCGUUGGCGAUACAGAUCUGUUGCCCCUUAACGACACGGGCUGUCAGACGAGUCCCAAGCCGCCAGCUGUUAGUCAGGCUGCGGUAGACCAGCAGGAUAGCACAGCUGGCUCCACGGCUAGCGCUGGGCUUAAAGACUUGACAGCCAGGAGGAUAAACUAUUUCAGCCCGAUGCUCUGACUGGGAACGUCGCCUGCAGUCGCGACUUUGGCGCACCUCGCCAGGAUUAACCCCGCAACGGAAUUACAUAUAUAUGCAACUUUUUUUUUCUUGGAAAGAGUUUGAAAAGUUGUGAGGAUGGAUGUGAUUGGGAUGCUGAAUUUGGACGAGAUGGCCCACGGCCUGGCCGGCAUGACCAUGUUUCCAUACUUUGACACAGCGCACUACGUGGUGUCCGUCAUGGCUUUGAGGGAGCAGUCAGGUGUUCUGGAGCUGUCACGGCGGAGUCCGUUCGCCUGCUGGUUCAGCUCCAUGCUCUUCUGCUUCGGAGGAGCCGUCCUGUCCGGCCUCAUGAUGGCCGAGCCGCCCAUCGCCCCGCUGUCCAACAGCACCAACGUCCUGCUGGCCUCGCUCAUCUGGUACCUGGUGUUCUACUGCCCCUGGGACCUGCUCUACUCCUGCGCCGCUCUGCUGCCCUUCCGGCUGGUUCUGUCAGGGAUGAAGGAGGUGACGCGGACGUGGAAGGUGCUGGGGGGAGUGAGCCAGGCCAGCAUCAAGUACCAGGACAGCCUGCUGGUCAUGAUCGCAAUCGGCUGGGCUAAAGGUGCUGGAGGCGGGCUGAUAGCUAACUUUGAGCAGCUGGUCCGAGGGGUCUGGAAACCUGAGACCAACGAGCUCCUUAAGAUGUCCUACCCGACCAAGAUCACCCUGAUCGGGGCGGUGAUGUUCUCCCUCCAGCACACCAGCUACCUGCCCCUCCAGAAGCACCACCUCAUGCUCAUCUACACCGUCUUCAACGUGGUCAACAAGGCAAGGAUCAUCAUCACAGGCUCCUCCACCUCCCCCUUCGCCCUGGUGGAGUCGGUCAUCUACAAGACACUGUUUGCCGGCUCCUCCUCCUCCUCCUCCUCCUCCUCCUCCUCCCCUUACACAGCCCUGAGCUCCGACGGCAAGAAGCCAGUCGCCAUCGACAACGGCAACACCUCCACGAACAAGAAGAAACCGUCCUCGUCCUCCACGCCGACCAAGGAGUCCGGGGAGAGGAGAAGCCAGGCCUUGGCUUCCCCUACUCGGGGGAAGAGAGAAGACCAAAGAAGCGCCAAGACCAAAGAACAGGAAGAAGACAGUAGCUGUAAGAAGACAGACUAGUCGGCCAUUUUGACCGUAGUGCCUCUCCCUUCUCAAUAAAGCAAGAGGCUUGUUUUACAUUGGCUGUCAGCAUGUGACGAGGCUUACUUUUGGUACUCUCUCUCUCUCUUUGCUGUAUAUAUUAUAUUUUUAAAAUUUCCUGAGCUGUAUUUAACUCUUGAACUGACAGGGAAAAUAAUUACAAUGGGGACGUAAUAAGCCCCUGUUGAAAUCGAAUGUGAGUGUGACGCCCCAAUCAAGGUUCUCCUAUUUAAUUCUAGGGUGAGGGUGACCCCAUUUUCAUCAUGCCGUGCUGUAAUACUCCUUCAUGGCGUGAUUGAGCACCAUGCUGAAGCCCAGCGAAUACUGAAUGUGUUUAGCAGGCUUUUUAUACAUAUUUAUAAUGACAAAUCAUAGUUUAUUAUAGCUUAAUCUAUCAUGUUUGGGGACAGACCUGGACUGUUUAACUACUGAUCUGAUGUUGUUUGUCCGCUCUCUCUUCUAUAUAAAUGCUUAUUUAGGUACAAUGUACAGUAUGUACAUACUCCUUACGCUGCACUUUCGGAAGAAAUUCCUAAAAACAUUCAAAUAUAUAUUGUCAGGUACUAUUGAGAUAUUAUAUUGUACUGCUGAAUGUAAAGAAUAUUUUUUUCUUAAAGAGAAUGCUUUUUUACACUCAGAUUAUAUGGUGGAUGCUUUUGAAUACGUGGGAAUGCUUGAAAAUAAGUAUAUUAAUACGAAUACCAAAA